AGGUGGUUGUCGGUUGACCGAGAGAGGAACCCUUCCCUUCUCUUCCUUCUCCAACUUCUCUUCUCCCUCCCUCUUCUUCUUCUUCUUCUUCUUCUUCUUCUUCUUCUUGGUGUUCGACCUGUAGCAUUUUGGACUGCUGUCCGAAGUCAAAAGAAGCAAAAUAGUUGGCUUGCUUCCGCAGUUUCAUGGAGAGGCUGAUCUCUUCCUCUUCCUCCUCCCUUUCUCUCCCCUUUCGGACGGCAGAGCCUCUGCGGCUCGUCAGGCCUCGACCGCUCCUCUCCCUUCGGUCCCCGUCCGACCUGAGAUUGAGCCCUUGUUUGACGCAAGGGCGGGGUCCCAAGCCCCUGACCGCGCUCUUCUACGAACGAGAUGGCCCGCCUCCUUGUCCCUCCCGCGCCUCGUCCUCCCCUGCGAGCGCUCCGCCGCCUUCUUGCUCCCGAGGGGAGGCGCCGCUUGCUCGGCCUCGUGCCCGAUUCAUCGCCGGAGGAGGACCGGAUGCGUGUUCCCUGCCAAAGGUUGCUCGCGCUGCUGUGGUCACCGCCCUUUCAGCAAUUAUACUGACAGUAACCAAUUCAAUUUUAGCCCAACCUUCAUUUGCCAGAGUGCAAUCUGCUUCCAACUUAGGCGGACAGCUUAUUAAAACUGAGUUACUAAGUAGUGCUUUGGCUGGUUUUUUAGCUGGUUGCCUGCAUACAUUGUCAGGCCCCGACCAUCUUGCUGCCUUAGCUCCUUUAUCGAUUGGAAGAACAAAGAUGGAGAGUGCCAUAGUAGGAGCCCUUUGGGGAUGUGGCCAUGAUGCUGGUCAAGUGCUCUUCGGUUUACUAUUUCUUAUGCUCAGAGAUCGUCUUCACAUUGAGGUUUUCCGCACAUGGGGGACUCGAGUUGUUGGCUUAACUCUGCUAGUGAUAGGUGCUCUUGGAAUCAGGGAGGCUUCCGAGGUGCCCGCUUCUUGUGUUGCUCUCGAUGAGCCCUCAGAUUUGAGCUCCACUGGGAAGAGGAAAAUUGGAUUGGCAACUUUCGCCACUGGCAUUGUGCAUGGUCUGCAGCCAGAUGCACUCAUGAUAAUCCUGCCGGCACUGGCACUUCCGUCACGCCUGGCUGGUGCUGCAUUUCUUUGUAUGUUUCUCGUCGGCACUGUAUUUGCAAUGGCGAGUUACACAGUAUUCAUAGGUACAUGCACAGAAGCAUUGAAAGAAAGGGCCCCUAGGAUCACAGAGAAGCUAACAUGGGCUGCUUCACUCAUCGCGAUAUCCAUGGGACUUGCUCUUCUAAUUACUCCAUUCUUUGGCUUUAGCCUGUUUUGAUUCUCUAUUUGGUUGGUAGUUCUCCCUUGGCAUCCUUGAAUCGCUGAAGAAGAGUAGUUGUUCUGGAAAAUUGGCUUUCACUCUGCAACAGAGGUUACUACCAUUACUUUAGGUUUGAGCUUUUAGCUCGUAACAGAAACCAUAGUGAAGUCUGCCUUUGACAAAGGGUCAGUUUUCAUUCUAAUGUGGCCUUGAAAAUUUUCAGUAUUGGCAAAUUUGGUUAUUUGUCGGUAUUCUAUAGAUGUUGAGUUGUUCUCCAAUUUAAGAUUAAAUAUUGCCAAUAUAUUCUAAAUUUGGACUUGUUA